AUGAUACAAUUUGUUAUUGACGAUUCUGUUAAAGAAUGUCAUCAGAAACGAAGUAAACUGGAUCAAUAUUAUAAAAAGUUAUUAGCAGCUUAUUUAAGAAGCCAAUUAGAAGAAAAUAUGAUGAAUGAUAAUGAUCCGUCAAAACCAAUAUGGACAAUAGAUAUCAACAGUGAAGAAAAUGAUGACAGUGAAGACAAAACUAAUGUAGUACAAAAUAUCAAUAAUGAUGACACAGACCAGGAUAUUUUCAAUGAUCCAGUACUAGCUGAUAAAAUACUUAAGGAAGAAAAACUUCUAAUACCAAAAUCGAAGUCAAAUCAGAAAAAAACUUAUCAACAGUCUGAUAUGAAUACUUCGAAUUCUGAUAUCAAUAUGGUUGAUAAAACAAGCAAGUCAACAAAGGAUAAUAAUAGAAGCAACGAUGAUCAAUCCACAAGUAAUGUGCGAAAAGAACAUGAUCGAACAGAUCUUUAA